GCCCUCUCUCGAGGAAGGAACCUCAACUACACCUCCGCAAGGAAGGGACGAGUUGAGUCCAUCGUGUCAACUCUGUAAGCGCAAAGCAACACCUCCUUCCCCUAAGCUAUAAAAGCUCGUCUGUCCUAACCUCCCGAACCGAGCCCUUGGUGUAGCAGAAGAAGAAAACGCUCUGGAUUCACAUUCCAUUCGCAAGUCACCAGCUUCCCUCCGCUACCAACAACCAAGGCUUGUUCUCUCUUCUGAAGGAAAGAAGAAAAAAAGAAUGAACAUGAUGCCGCAGGGAUAUGUAGACGAGGCCUUCACAGUCCAGAAUAAUCAAAGCAUGGUCCCGACCGAGUCACACAUGUUGCCGCAUGGUGACUGGGCCGAGGAUCCAAUGGUCAACGGCGCAGAGGAGGACGACGACGACGACGAAGAGUUGAGCGCCGUCAUUUUCAACUUCAACACCGAUAUCUCUCCUGUCAAGGGAACCACUCCCUCCACGUUGGGAUUGCCGUCGGGCCAAGACUCGAGGAUGUUCGGACCUGAUCAUCUCCUCUUUGGCGGUCAUGGUUUGGACGAUACCAUGCAGCAGACCCCAGAGCACAAUACCAACGGUGGCAUGGAUAGCGACGCCAACACCCCCCUCGAUAAGCAGAACGGCUUCUCCGGUGACCUGGGAUCGAUGGUGGUUGAGACCGAGGCCGUGGGUGAAACCUUGGAUCCAAACGCCGAACCCUUCGACUUGGUAGGUCAACUGUCACACCAACCCCCCAGCUAGAGGCCAUGCAAGUGCAGACCUCUCGCAUUGGGUCUUCUCGUUUCUUUUUGUGACGUCGAGGCGCUGACCCCCCCAAAAACAACAGGAGCAUAUUUUGU